ACAACCUCUAACCUGCAGUCGGGGAAUAAGCUAAUGUAACUGUAGAUUUUCUUAAGUACAUGCCAGGGAAUUUUUCCAUGUGGACAUUUCUCCUUAUAGAAAAGUAGACUGUGAUUUUACAUGGAUAAGAUGCAGUAAUGUCAUGACAAUGAAUGAGAUUAAUGUGCAUGCCUAGUUGAAAACAUCUCAUAAACUGAUAUUAGUGAUGUUGUGCGUGGAUUUAACCCACAAAUAAACCUUGACAGACUAGAAUAACAUUUGAUCUUAUAGAUACUCUAAUUAUAUACAUCCAAUGCAUUGAUAAAUGCUGUGUUUAUGGACCUGUAAGCAAAUAGGCGCAGGCAAAGUGUUUUAAUAAGUAUUCAGUUUCAAAUUGGCUCCAGCCUGAACGCUCCGCCUGCUCUCGCCGAGGAUAUUGACUUUCCCGCAAGUUAAAGUAUUUAAAUGUAGAGGGAGACAGAUGCUGUAUGCGGACUGGAGGCGACCACAAGAAAUACACGUGUGGGAGGAAGGUUGACGUUGGAGUUAUACUAUCUGUGUGCAUCGUAUAGAGGGACAGCUGUAUCACCACCGCUGUAACUUCGCACAAAAAAAAACAACAACAACAAAUAAAGGCGCGUCGCUACUCGUGGGAUUCAUUCAGCUUUUUUUUUCUUUUUUAAUUGAGUGACUUAUUUUCAGGAAAUUCACACGGCGCAUCUGACCGCUGAUGCGUAAAGAUCCGUGCGUAAAACAAAAACUAAUCGCCACUGCUCCGUCACACAAAGUCAGAGAGGAUUUAUUCGGACUUCAUUACUGAGAGGAGUGAUUGACACGAAGAGGAUUUGAUGGAGGUCGUUCGGUGACAGCGAUACUUUCUCCGGACUUUCACUUUGGAUUUGGCACCGCAGCGUCUUUCAAAUCGUCUGGUCUUUCAUUUUUAACAGUUAAAGAGUGGAGAGUGGAUCCUGUAUGUGCAUGCAUGGGACCCUGACAGUUUUGGAUCUCUUCAUUUUCACGGCUAUCGCCUGGUAUGUGUAACAAGAGGGGGGAUCCAAGUGAGCUGAAAUCCCCACCAGGAGGAACUUUAUUUCCGAGAGCUUCCAGCACCGAAUCAGUGGAGUAUUCAUGAAGCAAUAUUUGAACUAUUACAAGAUGAGACUGAGAACAUCGAGGUUAGGUUAUCUGUUAAUUCAGUUCACGGCGCUUUGCUUUUACGCACAGAACACUGUGCAGUCUCCUCCUAAUUUCAAGCACCAUGUCACCGAGCAGAGCCGGCUGUCGGACCGCAUGAGCCGCAGGUUGACACGCACCUACCAGCUGUACAGCCGCACAAGCGGGAAACACGUCCAGGUCCUGGCCAACAAGAGGGUCAACGCCAACGGGGACGACGGUGCGGUACACGCUAAACUGGAGGUGGAGACGGACUCUUUUGGAAGUCGUAUCCGUAUUAAAGGGGUGAAGACAGGAUACUACAUAUGUAUGAACAAGAGGGGGAAGCUGAUCGGCAAGCGGAAAGGACGCGGCAAAGACUGCAUCUUCACAGAGAUUGUUCUGGAAAACAACUACACGGCGCUUCAGAACGCCAAGUACGAGGGCUGGUACAUGGCUUUCACGCGCAAGGGCCGUCCAAGGAAGGCCUCCAAGACCAAGCAGCACCAGAGGGAGGCCCACUUCAUGAAGCGUCUACCCAGGGGGCACUUGCUGAGCGAGAGGAGACCGUUUGAUGUCCUUCCUCUCGCUGUCCCAGCGCAGCCUUUGAGCAAGCGGACUAAACAUUCCCAUCAGCAGCGCUCAGGGGGCCGCUGAGGACUGAAACCACUGGGGGAGAACUGUGGAACGAACACAGAAAAAACCACUACAAGAGAAAAAACAAGUGCUCCCAGAGAAAUUAACUUUUACAGUCAAGUGCCCAUACACUUUUUGCCUCAUCUUGUGGACUUAUGUAAUUCUUUGUACUGGAUUGUAUGUAAACAUUGACUAUCUAAUCUGCUAGUUAUUUCCAAUUCAGACAGACUUUAGGACAGACUUUUACUUAUUAAAUCAGGGGGAGGGGGGGCAAUUAAAGUACAGAAGAGCUCAAUAUUGUCACGAGUUGAAUACCUUUGGUUAGAAGUUAGCCAGCUCAGCAACAAAGAAUGUUUAAAGAGAAAUGAGUACAAUGAAGCUAGACACGGCAGCUAUCUGUGGAUUUUCUUGUGGUUACAGCAUCUGAGUCUCAGUUGACAUGCUAUCAUGCCUUUAGGAGGCCAUUUCGGAGAAUUUUUAACCUGUUUUUUUUUUUUCUACAUACUGUAUAUGAAUAUAUUUUUACUGUAAAAAUGUAAAUGAAGUCAAAUGAUGGAAAUAUUUAUUGUAGAGUGUAUAUUAAAACCACUAAAGAAUCCCUUCACAAGCUGCUCGGCCUUUCUCUUGUGUGGUUGUUUUGGGACAGAAAGUUAGCAUACAUUGUUAGUUGCCCCCAAAAACUGUUGUUUUUUUUUUUUUCUCUUCUCCUUCUUCUUCGUAUUCUUCUUCAAGCUGGAGACCCAGAUAACUGAGGGGCAAUAUCUGUGACAGGCUACUGAAUUCAAUGUGCUCAGCAAGUGAGACUUGGGCCUGAAUGGCCCGAGCUAUGCAUUAAAAGCGAUGAGGUCAGCCCACCAUUUUGGCCCAAACAAAGGUUACCACCAUGUAGUUGCAUUUCUCACGAUCGCACACCGUAACCCUCUGAUCAAAUGGGCCCUUUGUGAAACCUCAUAUAAAAGGGCAUGUUAUACAAUAGUGGGUUCGAAUAAUAACACGAGGAGGGGUCAGUUAUCAAAAAGAAGCCAGUCACACAGGGAGGGGUAAGGGGUUGGAGGCAGGGAGAGGG